AUGAUCAGAUCUGUCUCUGGCCAAACGCGACCCAGCUACCACAUCACACCGGAAACGAAAUGGAUGAAUGACCCGCAACGCGCAUUAUUCUUGAGCGGCAAAUGGCAUUUAUACUACCUCUGGAAUUCCGACUGGGAUAGAUCGAAUCCCGGCGCAGGCGGAACAGAAUGGUACCACGUUACCAGCACCGACAUGGUUCAAUGGACGCGCCAGGGCGUUGCAAUUGAAAAGUAUCAGCCUAACCCUGCCAGCGGUUUAAUACUGGGAGACAUAGAAAGCGGCAGCUCCGUGGUUGACACGGCUAAUAGGUCGGGGUUCGGGCAGAAUGCUGUCGUUGCUGUCCUAACUCAGAUGGCAGACGGGAUUCAGCAGCAGUCCCUUUUUUAUUCCACUGAUAUGGGUUACACUUUCACUGCCUUUAAGGGCAACCCAGUGAUGCCUAAUCCGGACCCAGACAAUAAACCGGCGUUUCGCGAUCCCAAGAUUUUCUGGGAUGAGAGUGCUGGGCAUUGGGUUGCUGCGCUCGCAGAAGGAAGUUAUAUUGGGUUCUAUACGUCGCCUGAUCUCAAGACUUGGACAUUCAUAUCAACUUUCUCGCCGGUAGCAUCUGGUGUUGACUUGGGUAUUCUUGAGUGCCCAGAUCUAUACCAACUCGAUCUUGACGGGGACUCGGAGACACGUCUCUGGAUUCUUGCUCUCAGCGCCAAUGGAUAUCUUCACGGAAAGACAACAGGCACCGUUUACUGGUCAGGAACAUGGAAUGGUACUAAUUUUAGAGCCGCAGCCAGCUCUCCACAGUGGCUGGAUGAAGGUCCGGACUUUUACGCCACUGUCAGCUGGGAAAAUCCAAAUGACAGAUUUGGAAGCCGCUACGCCAUUGGCUGGAUGAAUAAUUGGGAAUACGCCAACAGGCUGCCCUACUACGGGAACUUUGAGGGACAGCAGAGUUUAGUGCGGGAGAUCAAAUACCAGACAGUCAAUGGAACUCCUAGACUCGUCAGUCUUCCGAUUUCUGCAUAUGAAGCCGUGUUUGGCACCCCUGUCAGUGUGAACGGGACGGAAAUCACAACGGACCCGGCAACAGCCUCGCUUCCUGGUGGACUUACAGGGGGUGCAUAUGUUAUUCGAGCGACAGUCUCCAAACAGGAUGGUGACGACGGUAACCUGGUAUACUUCCGGAUUAAAUCCGAUGGGACCUCAAACACAACAAUUGGGUAUGACUUUGCGAAUACUGAGCUGUUUUUGCUUAGAAACUCUGAUGGCUUCGCUUCGGAUAAUCUGGCAUCGGGGCCUAAGCAGGUUUGGGACGCAAGAAGGAGUUUGGUAAACCCUAUAGGUGGGGACAGAGUCGGGCUGGCAAUAUAUGUCGAUUGGAACUCGGUUGAGAUAUUUGUGAAUGGUGGUGUCGCAGCGCUGUCGGCCCUAAUCUACCCGAAUCAAGACGCGGAGGGGAUUGAGGUUGUGUCUGACUUGGGGAAGUUGACCUUGACUUCAUUUACUUAUGCUGCUUUUAUGACGUAG